ACAGGGGGAAAAAAAAAACCCUAAGCACCGGAAGUGCUCUGUGGUUACUAACGGAAGUAGGUCCGGCGUUGGAUCUGGAAGGGUUCUGCUGAAGGAGUUCCGUCGUUGUGGCGGGAAGAGUUGUGGAGACGAGGCGACAAGAUGGUGGAGGAAGUGCAAAAGCACUCUGUGCAUACCCUUGUAUUCCGAUCUUUGAAGAGGACGCAUGAUAUGUUUGUGGCUGACAAUGCAAAACCUGUAUCCUUGGAUGAGAAAAGCCACAAAAUAAAGAUGGCAGUUAAACUUCGUGUGGAGUAUAGUUCAGUGCUACACAUGCCUGUAAUAAAAGAAAAUACUCGAGACAAGGGUUCUCAUGGCGCAAUUGAUUCCUAUGGACAUAAACAGUAUCUUCAGAAUUCAGGAGACGAUAAUGAAUAUUUGAUAACAGGAACACAUCCAUACCCUCCUGGGCCUGGAGUGGCAUUGACUGCAGACACUAAAAUUCAGAGGAUGCCUAGUGAAUCAGCAGCUCAGUCUUUAGCUGUGGCAUUGCCUCCUUCACAGUCCAAAAUGGAAGCAAGUCGAACUGCUGCUGGUGUAGGUGAUAUAUACAGACAUGCUGGGAUUCCAGAACGUUCGCAGCCUCCAGGUUUGACUAUGGCUAUGAUGGAAGCAGGAGGGAAUAAAAAUUCUGCAUUAAUGGCAAAGAAGGCUCCAACAAUGCCAAAACCACAAUGGCAUCCUCCAUGGAAGCUGUACAGAGUUAUCAGUGGGCACUUGGGUUGGGUGAGAUGCAUUGCAGUAGAACCAGGAAAUCAGUGGUUUGUUACUGGCUCUGCUGAUAGAACUAUAAAGAUCUGGGACCUUGCAAGUGGCAAAUUAAAGCUAUCUUUGACCGGACAUAUUAGCACAGUUCGAGGUGUAAUAGUGAGUGGAAGGAGCCCAUACCUUUUCUCUUGUGGAGAAGAUAAACAAGUGAAAUGCUGGGACCUUGAAUACAAUAAGGUUAUUAGGCAUUACCAUGGUCACUUAAGUGCUGUGUAUGGCUUGGAUUUGCACCCAACAAUUGAUGUCCUUGUAACAUGUAGCAGAGAUUCAACAGCACGUAUUUGGGAUGUGAGGACAAAAGCAAGUGUGCAUACAUUGUCCGGACAUACAAAUGCUGUGGCCACAGUGAAGUGCCAAGCAGCAGAGCCACAAAUUAUCACAGGAAGUCAUGAUACCACUAUACGACUCUGGGACUUAGUGGCAGGAAAAACUCGUGUCACUUUGACAAAUCACAAGAAAUCAGUAAGAGCAGUUGUGCUGCAUCCAAGACAAUACACAUUUGCAUCUGGAUCCCCGGAUAACAUUAAACAGUGGAAAUUCCCUGAUGGAAACUUCAUCCAAAAUCUUUCUGGUCAUAAUGCUAUUAUCAACACAUUAGCUGUGAAUUCAGAUGGAGUUUUGGUUUCUGGAGCUGACAAUGGUACAAUGCAUCUUUGGGACUGGAGAACUGGCUACAACUUCCAGAGGGUUCAUGCAGCUGUACAGCCUGGAUCAUUGGACAGUGAAUCUGGAAUAUUUUCGUGUGCAUUUGAUCAGUCAGAAAGCAGACUUCUCACUGCUGAAGCUGAUAAAACUAUAAAAGUCUACAGAGAAGAUGAUGCUGCGACUGAAGAAACUCACCCUGUCAGCUGGAAACCAGAAAUCAUCAAGAGGAAACGAUUUUAAUGAGAAUCCACCUGCAUAGCUGUGCCAUAAUCCUGACCCUAACUACAAAGCCUGAACUCUGCUAAAGUCAUUGCUUUGUUGAGUUUGCCAUUUUUCACAUUGUAUAUGGCUUUCCUUUAGGAUUUUAUCCUCUCUGAUCCCAGGAAAUCAGCUGCAGCUGUUACACACGUCUGAAGGAGUCAGUUUGUUUAAUGAAAUGGUAAUGUGCUGGUGAUUAUAGUUACCAAAUGUGUGCAUGUCAUUCUGUGUGGGCAGAGACAGUCUGCUCUUUUCCUUUCUCCUUCCCUCCUUUUGAUUGAGAAGUUAAUAUUUCAAAUGCUGACAACAAUGAAAGAAAACCAAAGGCACACACCUCUCUGUGGUACUUUAUCCCCUAGAUCAAAGAAUAGCAAAAGUAUCGAGGAGGAGGAUGGAAAGUCAUUGUAGUAUAUCCUUAAUACAAUUGCUGUUUUGUUACACUGUAAUGCAAUAAAAUAUAAAUCUCAUUUUCACUUAAUUACUAAAUUAGAUAAAUGAA